GCUCUUCCAAUACCUCCGAUCGCCUCGAGGCAUUGAAGAUUGACGUCGGAUCCUUCAAGGAUGGCAUGAAGUUACAACAAAAUGUCGCGCAACAGUUGGAGCAGCAGGUCUUUAUUGCCGCCACUCACUCGAGAUCGAAACCGCGCGAGACAACUCCAAAGUUCGAUGAUCGGGAGAUCUUCUGCGAUUCGACGAAGACGGACCCGAGUUCGUGGUUCCGUAAGUUCGAACUCAAGUUGCAGCUACACUACGCCAGCGAGCACAAGCAUCACAUAUACUUAUACUCCCGCUCGGGUGGCGCGUACCAAGCAUGGCUGGACAAUCUCCUGUCCAAGUACGGAGUGGUACCUGUCGACUUGCAUACCAAGAUCAGCUGGGAUGAUCUAAAGGCGGCGUGGCAUAAGCGGUUCCAAGUAGAGUCGUCAGAGAUCAAGGCAAUGGACAAGCUGAUGGUCUUCGAACAGGGCACGUUGCCGAGUGUUGAUUGGAUUGCCGAGUACCAACGCUUGACAUCCGUCCCAGACAUUCAAAUGGGUUUCAAAGCCAUCAAACACUACAUCUCGAGGUCGUGUCCGGCGUUGGGCAAUGCCUUGACUCACGUCGAGGACACCCUGACGACACCGGCGGAGCUCUUCGACAAGGUCGUGCAGAUUAUUACCAUGAACAAGGAGGCUAAGAACCUCCACCGUUCGUCUGCGACAGGCCCGAGCAGAGAUCAGCAUCGGCUGAAAGUGGUCAUGGUCGUCGUGUUCACCGACAUCUUCGAGUCACCUACCGGUGUGGUGCCGGAUCGGCCGAUCUCUCACGAGAUCAUUCUUGAGGCCGGUGCCGUGCCGCCGAAAGGUUGCAUUUAUCGCAUGAGCGAGGAGGAGUUUACAGUCCUCCGCGCGCAACUAGAUGACUUGUUGGACAAGGGUUGGAUCCGCCUUAGUAGCUCUCCAUACGGAGCGCCAGUUCUCUUCGUACGGAAGAAGAACAAGGAUCUACGAUUGUGCAUCGACUACCGCAAGCUCAACACGCAAACCGUCAAGAAUGCGGGGCAUUUUCCUCCCAUCGACGAUCUUCUUGAGCGAUUGGGCGGUGCGAAGUAUUUUUCUAAGUUGGAUUUGAAGUCGGGAUAUCAUCAAAUCUCGAUCCGACCGAACGAUCGCUACAAAUCCACGUUCAAGACGUGGUAUGGGCAUUUUGAGUGGGUGGUCAUGCAUUUUGGCCUCACCAACGCCCCGACGACCUUUCAAGCGGCAAUGACCAACGAGUUUCGUGCAAUUUUGGACCGGUUCGUGCUGGUCUACUUAGACAAUAUCCUCGUCUAUAGCCGGACAUUGGAGGAUCAUCUUGGACACCUUCGACGAGUGUUGGAGAUGCUCCGCCACGCCAAGUACAAGGCCAACCGCGACAAGUGCCAAUUUGUCUGGCAAGAGCUGGAAUACUUGGGCCAUUUUGUCACACGGGAGGGCAUCAGUCCGCUAUCGGACAAGAUUCAAGCCAUCCAAGAGUGGCCGGAGCCGCAGAACGUCAUGGAUGUUCGUUCGUUCCUUGGCCUUGCCGGCUACUACCAACGUUUUAUCAAGGGAUACUCGAAGAUUGCGGCCCACUUAACCAAGCUUCAAUGCAAGGAUCGGUCGUUUGACUUCGGAGAGGAUGCACGAGAAUCGUUUUUGGCUCUCAAAGCCGCGCUAUUAUCUUCGGAGGUCUUGCGCAUAUACGACCCGCUAUUGCCUACUCACGUCACUACGGAUGCGUCCGGCUAUGGCAUUGGUGUCGUCCUAGAACAACACGAUGGCGUGGACUGGCACCCGGUCGAGUACUUUAGCAAGAAAGUGUCCGUCUUGCACUCCAUUGAUGAUGCACGCAAGAAGGAGCUCCUCGCCUUCGUCCACGCGCUCAAGCAGUGGCGUCACUUCCUCCUUGGUCGACGUCAAUUUUGAUGGGUAACAGACAACAAUCCGUUGGUCUUUUACAAGACCCAAAUCACCGU